AGGAAUGAAAAGAAGAAUGAAAAGAAAGAAGAAAAGAAGAAAUUGGAUGAUAAAAAGGAAGCUGAUAAGAAAGGAGACAAGAAAGGAGAAGAUUGUGGGAAUGCAAGAGGAGGAAAAGGUGGAUGGAAGAUGAAAAUUGAUUAUAGACAGAUUAAAGUAGUUUAUAAAGAUUAA